AUGCCAGAGGUGGUCAAAGGGAUCACAGAGAGAAUAGAAGCAGAAAAACACUGCAAACUGGCCGAAACAAUGCACGACAUCCACGGCUCGCUGGAAAAGUCCAUGGAGCAGAUUGAGGAGGCAAGCGCCACGCCAAAAAACGCAGGUUCUAAGGGCAUCUCAAGUAGUGAGGACGAGGCAAGCUACAGAACACCCAGCGGCAAAACAGAUGGGAAAGAAAGGGACCUUCUAAAACGGCUUUCAGCACAGGAAGAAAAACAACAAAGAGUAGAAAACCUGAGAUUGAGAAUGGCAGAUGAGGAACGACAACAAGCAUUGGCAACACAAAACGAGAACAGAGAACAAAUGAGACAAGAACAGAUAGCAAGAGACAAACAAGGUCCAGAAUGGUGGGACACACAGGAGACAAAUAAGGGGGCAAUGCACGCACUGACAGACGAGAGUAUCAAAAGAGUACGGAUCUGCGCCGAAAGCAUCGUAAAAGCCACAUCCAGAUACUCGGGAGGCAAAGUUAGUUUCAAAAUGGAAGACAAAGACGCCGUACAUAAAGGCACUAACACGAUUCUAAAUGAGUUCCUAAACCUGGCGACCCGACUGGAAAGGGCCCAAGGAGAAGUCGUCAGGCAGCAAGAAAGGAACAGGUGGCUGAUAGAACAAACCCAAUCCAGAGAAAAUGAGUGGCAAGCCCGCCUACAUGCCACCAAAGAAAUCAAUACGCUGCGAAACGCGAUCGGGGACCAAAAUGGGACAUGCACUGCCAACAAACUACAACAUACACAAAAUAAACCUGACAAAACAAAGAGAACCACCACAUAG